AUGUCUCUCACCUCUAUUCGAUAUUUUCUUCUCGAACUUCCUCUGACUGUCCAAACCAAAUCUUUUUCUAAACCCCUUAAACAUAUGGCUUCUUCACUUGCAAUCCUCCAGCUAUUUCUUUCUUUAUUCUUUUUUGGUAAUUUGAUAUUUAUAAACAUUUUCUUCUUCAUUGUAAAAUUUGUUUUCUUUAAUUGUUUAUUUUUUUCUUUCUUGAUUUUCUCACUUUCUUUUUCUUUUCAUCAUUUGUUUCUCCUAUUGUAUAAACCUUAUUUUUCUUUCUUGAUUUUCUCAAUUUCUAUUUCUUUUCAUCAUUUGUUUCUCCUAUUGUAUAAACCUUAUUUUUCUUUCUUGAUUUUCUCAAAAUUUCUUUUUCUUUUCAUCAUUUGUUUCUCCUAUUCUUUCACUCUCUCUCUCCUCUUAAUUUACAUUUUCUCUGAUACUCUAUCAUUAUCAGCUUGUUUUACUCUUUUUCCUUUUACUCUUUCUUUCAACUUUCAUUCCUUAUUUUUCUUCUUUUCAAUCUUACUUUGCUCUUUUUCCAUAAUUUCUUCCCUUUUGUUAUUUCUAUUCAAACACUUCUUUCUUUUCUUCCUUUAUUGUAUUGUCAUUUCUUUCUUUCAUUAUUUUAGACAUUGUUUUCUUCUUUCUUUUCUUUUUUCAUCAUUUCUUCCCUUAUGUCAUUUAUCAAACAUUUCUUUUUUUUCUGCAUUAUCAUCUUGUCAUUUCUUUUCUUUCAUUAUUUUAGACAUUUAUUUAUCAAGCAUUUCUUUUUUGCAUUUCUUUUUCUGUUGUGAUUUCUUUCUUUUGUUAUUUUAUGCAUUAUUUUCUUAUUUAAUUAUUUAUCUCUUUACUUGUUUUUUUCUAUCACUUCUUCUCUUUUCUCAUUUCUAUUCAAACAUUUCUUUCUCUUCUUCCUUUAUUUUUAUCAUCAUUUCUUUCCUUCAUUAUUUUAUACAUUGUUUUCUUUUUCUUUCUUCUCUUUUUUAUCACUUCUUUCUUUAUGUCUUUUAUGAAGCAUUUUUCUUAUUUACUUAUUUAUUUUUCUCCUUUAUUUUCUUUUUUCUAUCACUUCUUCACUUUUAUCAUUUCUUAUCACAUACUUCUUUCUUUUCCACAUUUCCAUUCUUUUAUCUAUUCUGUUUUCUUAUUUCUUUUAUUCUUGUCCUCAUUUCUUUCUUAAUUUUUCUUCCUAACAAUCAGUAA